AUGCCCGACCUGAGGGACUACUGCGGCUUCCACUCUGGGAGCUGGCCGGUGGUGCAGGCGGACCGCGCGAGCGCCGUUCGGGAGGUCUUCGAGGCGUACAGCGAGAAGGAGCCCGACGAGGGCUCGCGGAUGUCGCACCGCGACUCCUUGAGGGCUCCGGCGGACUUCGAGAGGGCCUUCCGCGCAGCCUUGGCGCUCGAGGGGCCGGCAUUCGCGCACGCCGACGUCGUUCUUUGCAGCGAACCCGCCAUCGUGUGCGUCAUCGCGCACGAGGAAGGGAAGGCCAUCAUCGGUUACUUCGGGGUCCACGUCGCGUUCAUGCUCAAGGGCAGCGAGCCCCAGCUCGACCUGUACCGCCGCUUCACGGACCAGCUGGCCGGGGACAGCCGCAGCACGCUCGCCACGGUGGCACCGUACAUCUCGAUGCAGUCCCUGUACCACAUGCCGCUCGAGAUUCCCGCGGUGCGCCCGCUGUCGGCCUACACGCUGCCUGCGCGGUACACGGCCAGCAAGCCCGACGAGGUGCUCGUCAACAAGCGACCGAUGGCGUUCUGGGACGUCUCGCACGUGCUCAACGUCUGCGCCCGGGCCGCGGGCGAUUCCGUGCUCUUCAGGGACGCGGGGGAGCUCCACAGCCUUGGAUGUCGUUCGACGACUGGGGCGCCUUCAGGGCGGGCGUCUACUUCCCCUACGACUGGCUCCAGACCAUGACGUUCUACGACUGGGUCAACAUGGGGAUCCCCACCUUCGUGCCGGACACGCCGCUGUACACCUUCAGCAGAGGCACCAACGCCGCGGACGAGUGGGUGGCCGCGCUGUGGCGCGUGCCUGCCUCGGUGUACCCCCACCACUACGGGGACCUCGAGACUGGGACGACACCGUCGGCCGGGCCUACUGGUGGAUGCUCACGGACUUCUGCGCGCUGCCCGGGGUCUCCCGCUUCGCGUCCGCGGGGGAGCUCCUGGUGGCGCUGGGCUCGCGGGAGGGCCUGCGGCGGCGGAGCGGGCAGCUGCGGCAGGGCCACCUGGGCCGCGUGGCCGGCACGGCCGCCUUCUGGAGGCGGGCGCUGCUGCGGGCCCUCGGCGCCUGAGGGGCUGCCGCGGGCCCUCGGCGCCCGCUGCCGCGGCGCGCUGCUGCGACCCCGCUUGCUCGGGCUCCGGGGGCCUCGUUCCUUACUUGGGGUUCCUUAUAGGUCAACGCCUCGACUGUCCUUUGGGUUUGCGCCUGGGUUUUGCCUGCGGCGGCUGGCCGCGCCCCCCGAAGGGCAUCCGCCGCGCGCCGCUGCGGGCCCCGCGCCUGGCGUGGAGGGGUGGGCCCCACUCGGGACGGCCGCAUCUUUGCCUUCCCGUUCCCUGGCUUCGGCCCGCAGUGCACCCGCGGUCACCCUCUGGCCCACCAGGGAGGGGCCUCCCCGCCGCGCCAACAGCUCGAGGACGACGGCACUGCCA